GUCUUGUCCUUUCCCAUCCUUUAUUAUUGUGAAAACCACCUUUGGCCACCUUAACUCAACUCAGCAGAAACCGUUUUCCGUCGAACAUGUCGGACUACGGCGGCGCUGGGUGUUGCCGGUGCUGUUUCAGCUUCUUGCUGACUUCUGGUCUAACAACUCUCUUCUUGUGGCUAAGCCUCCACACUUCAAAACCUGUUUGCUCAAUCCAAGACUUUUACGUCUCUGCCCUCAACAAAACCUUGAAUUCCACCUCAAACCACUCCAUAUUCUUCGACCUCAAGCUCGAGAACCAGAAUAUAGACAAGGGAGUUUACUACGACGCAAUCAACCUCACCUUCUAUUAUGGUCCAAAUAUUAGUCUUCCGAUUGCGAAUUACACGGUGUCUGGGUUUCACCAGGGCCACAAAAAGUACACUCACCGGAAAGAUCUGGUGGAUGCUCGAGGAGUGCCGUGGGAUGAGGUUUUCAGGGGGGUUUCGAAUGGGUCAGUGGCGGUUUUCCGGGUAGAUUUGGCCACGACGGUGAGGUUCAAGGUCAUAUCUUGGAAGACCAAAAGACAUAAGUUGGAUUUGAAGGGUAAUGUGAAGGUUGAUGACUCGGGUAAGAAGGUAGAGACGAAGGGCAUUAAGCUCAAAAAUGGUGGACAAGAGCUUGGUUGCUAUCUUGCGCGGUUGAGAGUGUUGGUUGUU